AUGAUAAUAGCCAAUCAUAAGGUGUACCGCAUCCUUGUCGAUACUAGGAGCUCAGCCGACAUACUGUACUCCAAGGCUUUUAACAAGAUGGGCAUUGACAGGUCAUGCCUCCGACCUGUUCGGACCUCGUUGCAUGGCUUUGCAGGUGAUAAAGUUAUCUCGGAAAGGGCGAUCUCUCUCCCGGUCACAACAGGAGAAGGACAGAACCAAGUCACCCUAUUGGUGGACUUUCUAGUGCUAAACACAUCAUUGGCAUAUAAUGUCACCCUCGGACGACCAUCCCUUAACGCCAUGAGGGUAGUUGUAUCCACAUACCAUCUGAUGAUGAAGUUUCCUGCGAUUGGAAUGAUCGACUACCUCCGCGGAGAUCGAAGAGAGGCUAGAUGCUGUUAUGUCGUAGAGGUUAGAAAGGGCUUGACAAAACAAGCCCUUGCGGGCGACAUGCUCGACCCUAGAGAAGACCCCUUGGAGAGAAAUUCCUCCAUGGACGAUCUCUUGACCAUCACACUCGAUGACACCGAUCCGUCAAAUAGAAAAGGAGCCUUCGAGCCCGAGAGGUAUGCCGCAAUUGUUGACAAGGUUACUAAGCUCAUCAAUGGAGGUUUCAUUGAGGAGGUUCUUUAUCUAGACUGGAUUGCAAAUGUUAUGCUUGUAAAGAAGGCCAACGAAAAAUGGAGAGUCUGGGUGGACUACUUGGAUAUGAACAAAGCCUGUCUGAUUGACAGCUUUCCCCUUCCAAGAAUUGACCAGUUGGUCGAUAGCAUUAUCGGGCACGAGCUCCUCACUUUCAUGGAUGCGUACUCUGGUUACAAUCAGGUCGCGAUGCACCCUCCAGACAAGCAGAAGAUGACGUUCGUCACAGAUAAGGGGCUUUAUAGUUACCGGGUGAUGCUCUUCGACCUGAAGAAUGCAGGAGUUACAUAUCAAAGGCUAGUAAACAAGAUGUUUGCCCAGCAGAUUGGCUGA